CCAUCCAUCUAUCUCUGUAUCUAUCUAUUUGCUUUAAUUUCAGCUGACUGCGCAGCCUGUGAUCAACCACUUCACUCUGGCCAGGUACUUCUAGCCCUCGGACUGUCUUGGCACGUGUAUUGUUUCAAAUGCAG